AGCUGUCAAACCGGGAUCCUGGAGAUUGUAAUCAGAGAGUGAGAUUCCCUGGCUGGGCAGCAAGAUGGGCCCACUGAGGAUCUGCGGACUCCUUUGCCUCUGCGUCCAUCUCUCGGCUUCAGCCUCAGAGGAGGAAAAAGAUCCGAGCUAUUGGAACAGGAGAGCCCGGCAGACGCUGGAAUCUGCACUCAAGUUGACUCCAAUGACGCAUCGAGCAAAGAACCUCAUUCUUUUCCUGGGGGACGGCAUGGGAGUCCCGACCAUCACCGCAGCCCGCAUCUAUAAGGGCCAAAUGGCAGGAGGCUCCGGGGAGGAGGCUAUGCUGGCGAUGGAGAAAUUCCCCUACGUUGCCCUGUCCAAGACCUACAACGUUGACCGGCAGGUGGCAGACAGCGCUGGGACGGGCACCGCCUACCUGUGUGGGGUGAAGGCCAAUGCCAAGACUGUGGGCGUGUCCGCUGCUGCCAUCCACGAGCAGUGCAACACCACAUUUGGCAACGAGGUGCAUUCCAUUCUGCAUCGGGCAAAGUUAGCAGGGAAGUCCGUGGGGAUUGUGACCACCACCCGGGUCCAGCACGCCUCUCCAGCGGCGUCCUACGCCCACUCCGUUAACCGGGAGUGGUAUGCCGAUGACGACUUGCCGAACGAUGCCAUUGAGCAGGGCUGCAAAGAUAUGGCUUACCAGCUGGUCCAUAACACAGACAUCAAUGUGAUUCUGGGAGGGGGCCGGAAAUACAUGACUCCACGGGGCACCCCUGAUCCCGAAUACCCGAACGACACCAGCCUGGAAGGGACGCGGAAGGAUAACCUGAACCUCAUUGAAAUGUGGCUGAAUUCCAAGGAGGGUGCCCAUUACGUCUGGAAUAAGACGAGCCUCGAAGCUGUGGAUGAAAACUCCACCGAUUAUCUCCUGGGUCUCUUUUCGUCCAAGGACAUGGCGUACGAGCUGAACCGGAACAAUGCCACGGACCCUUCCAUCGUGGAGAUGACCGAGGCGGCCAUUCGCAUCUUGCGCAAAAAUCCCAACGGCUUCUUCCUCUUUGUGGAAGGAGCCAACAUCGAUUUCGGACACCACGAUGGCAUCGCGAAGGUGGCUCUAACUGAAGCCGUGAUGUUCGACCAAGCCAUCCGGAGACUAGGGGAGCUCACCAGCGAAGAGGACACGCUCUCGGUGGUGACCGCUGACCACUCUCACGUUUUCAGCUUCGGGGGCUACACCUUGAGGGGCACUUCCAUCUUUGGGUUGGCCCCUAAACUGGCAUCGGACAAGAAGACCUACACGUCUAUCGUGUACGGGAACGGGCCUGGCUACCAGAUCAGCAAUCAGAUUCGCCCGAACGUGAGUGCCAAAACAAGUGAGAGCGACAGCUACCAUCAGCAAGCAGCGGUGCCCCUCGAUUCAGAAACCCACGGCGGUGAGGACGUGGUCAUCUUAGCCAAGGGCCCCAUGGCGCACCUCUUCCACGGGGUGCAGGAGCAGACGCACGUGGCGCACGUGAUGGCCUUCGCCGCCUGUCUGGAGCCUUACACGGGAUGCACGCUGCCCAGUACCAACUCUGCCAACCGAGUCAACCCCACGCUUCUGGGCCUUCUCCUGGUGGCCUUGAUCUUUUGGGACUGCUGA